AUGGAGCCAAACGCUAAAGGACAGACUGAAAAAAGUUUCAGUUACGUUGUCAGAGCCCCCAGCAGUGAUGGGUUUGAUAUAAUGAACGUUGAUGUGAAGAUCGACACGUCCUGGAUCUUCCAGGAUGUAGAGGAGAGUGGUGAGGAGCAGGGAUGUUUUCUGGGAGGAGCAGCCGGGAGUCCAGACGUGGACACGGGAACACUCAGGAAGCAGCUGGAAUCCUCGGAGCAGAAGCUGUUGGCAGCUGUGGACAAGUACAUGAUGUCGGAGUCUGUGCUGAGGAACAGGAUUCAGGAACUGGAGCUGUCGGAGAGGAACCUCCUCCAGAAGGUGGACCAGCUGAGCACGCGCGUGUUCCAGGAGCGAAGUGCCUCUCUCCGGGCCCAGGAGCAGCUAGACGCACUGCAGGGGGAGCUGGCCAGCCAGGUUCGAGAGAACGAGCGCGCGGCCCAGCGGCAGCGGUGGCGGCUGCGGCGGCUGCGGGAGCGGCUGCGGCGCAAGGAUGCGGCGCUGGGGCGGCAGGCUUCGGCCCUGGAGCGCGGCCGGCGGAUCCAGCGGCGCCAGCUGCGCCUGGUGCGCGAGCAGGAGCGCGUCUUGCGGGCGCAGGUGCAGCGGCUGGAGCUGGACGUGCGGCGCCUCUGUCGCGCCGCCGGCCUCCUGCUGGCCGAGCUGGACGCCCCGAACCCCGGCGGCCCCCGAUCCUCCGGCCUGGGCGACCUCCGGGGCGCCCCCGAAGGGGCUGCGGAGCUGCGCGCGCUGCGGGCCAGGGCCGAGCGCGGCGAGCGCGAGCGGGACCAGGCGUUGCGCCGGCUGCGGGAGCAGCGCGCCACCGAGCGGCGGCUCCGCGAGCAGCUGGAAGAGCUUUGCUGCUGCAUCUAUGGGCUGAAGCUGUCGGAGAUCGGCCUGCAGGCCCAGGUGGAGGAGCUCACCCAGCACAACGAGAGCCUGCGGGGGGAACUGGGAGCCCAGGCGCCCGGGGAGAGAGAGCUCAGCAAGGCCCCCACUGGUCCCCGUAGCCUGGAUGCCCUGGGCCAUGUUCAGGAUGAAUCGCUGUCCCUGCCCCGGGAGGAGGCGCUGGAUGCUUGCAGAAGCCAAGACCCCAACGGGGCACCUGAACAGAGGGGUUCAGCAGGCCAGUCCUCCGAGGGGCCCUACGCAUGGGGCUGUGUCCAGGCUGGACGAGGCCCUCCUGUUUUGGUCCCCAACCCACAGACCACGAACAAGCUCCCCAGAGACCUUGCAGGAUCUGACCGUGGACAGGUGAGGCCAGUGGCUUUCUCCAUGCCUGGGGUGCUAGCUGGGUCUGAUCAGCCCUGCUGUGCAUGCUGCACAGUGUGACCACUAUUCAGGAAGUGGGAGAGGGAGGGGAAGAAGCUCAGGGUUGGAAGAAGAUUCUGGAAAUAAUUGAGAGGGCGAUUUGAGCCCCGGGUGAGGAGUGGGCAGGAAGGGAGCCCCAGCUGUGUGCAUGGGCCCAGCUGCCACGUAGCAAACUUCAUCUUGUUGAAACCUCCCUACCACCUGUGGGGCAAGAGCCAUGACCCCCUCGUUCUGCAGAGGAGGAGGCUGUGAUUUCCCAAGGCCUCCCAGCCCUGGAAGGGACUGAGGUCCUGUCUCCAUAGCCCACGAUCUGCACCAUGCCAUCCCCUAAGGGUUGGGAGCCUGGUUCCAACCAGCCCUGAUGUGGUCCUAGAGAGAGGGGUCUUCCUGCAUUACUUUCAGUUGCUCACCUCCUGCCCUGAGCCCUGCCUGGUGUGCUGUGUCAUGUCCAGAGUGGAAAAGAGCUGAGAGCAGUCCCUGGGGUGGGAAGAGCUUCAUAGAAAAGUUGGACCCCAAUGGAAGGAUGGAGUUAGACAGACUGGAAACCAGGGGUGGGCAGCGGAAGGGCAGGCCAGGUGGGAGGGCCCGCCAGGUAAAGGUGGUGAGGCUGGGAGUGGCCAUGGGCUGGGGCCAGGGUCAUGGUCACAGGUGAGCCAAAGGCUC